AUGACUACGCUGACAGGGAUUCUCCACUGGCCCGAGCGCUCCGAGGGCCGGGUACGCCAGUUCGACGAAGCGCUCACCGAAGGCGCGGACGAUCCGUUCGUCCCCGUCCAGCUCGGCGCCGACUACCCACUCCGCGACGGACAGGAAAUCACCGUCGAGGUCGUCGAACGCAAGCCUCGCCGAAGACGCACCAAGUCCGGCCGCCAGGCCCCUCGCAACCCAAGGCCCGUCGUCGCCGAGGUCCUCGCCAUCGAGGGCAUGGCCCCCGACGAGUACGCCAAACGCAAAAAAUUCGAAGAGCUCUCCUCCAUCGACCCCCAGCCGCGCCUCACCCUCGAGUACCCCGGCUGCCCCGCCUCCUGCAGGCUCAUCGACCUCUUCUGCCCCAUCGGCAAGGGCCAACGCGGCCUCAUCGUCGCGCCGCCCAAAGCCGGCAAGACCAUCCUCCUCAAGGACAUCGCCGGCGCCCUCGCCCAGAACCACCCGGACCUCGAAGUCUUCGUCAUGCUCAUCGACGAGCGCCCCGAGGAGGUCACCGACUUCCGACGCUCCGUCAACGCGCGCGUCUUCGCCUCCUCCAACGACCACGACAUCGACCGACACAUCCAGGUCGCCAUGACCGUCACCGAACGCGCGAGGCGUAUGGUCGAAGCUGGCAAGGACGUCGUCAUCCUCCUCGACUCCCUCACCCGCCUCGGCCGCGCCUUCAACAACUCACGCAAGCACGCCAACUCCGGACGCACCCUCUCCGGCGGCGUCGACUCCAAGGCCCUCGCCGUCCCCAAGCAGAUCUUCGGCUCCGCGCGCAACACCGAGGAAGCCGGCUCCCUCACCGUCAUCGCCUCCUGCCUCGUCGACACCGGCUCGCAGGGCGACACCGUCAUCUUCGAAGAGUUCAAGGGCACCGGCAACAUGGAGCUCGUCCUCGACCGCUCCAUCGCCGAGCGCCGCAUGUUCCCCGCCAUCAACCUCGCCGCCUCCGGCACGCGCAAGGAAAACCUGCUCCUCUCCGAGCAGGAACUGAGCACCAUCACCGCCCUCCGCCGACGCCUCCUCAACAUGCCGCCCCCCCAGCAGGUCGAGCAGCUCCUCGGCGCCCUCAAACGCUUCGAGACCAACGCCGAGCUCGUCGGCCUCGGCAAGUAA